CAGCAACAAGUGCCAGCAAUAGAGACUCAAAGCCGGUCUCUGUUUUGUUUGCGGCAGAGGGACGACUACUUCAUUGUCUCAGUUCAUCACCGAUCCAGCAGAUUCACCCGGCAAACACACACACACACGACCGACCUGACCACCUUGCCUACCUACCGACCGACCUACCUACCUACCUAGGCUAUUGUUCUACCUUACCGUCUUGCACUACAGUAGUAGUCCCGAGGAACGUACCCACCUCCUGGUUCUCGAGGCGACCUACUAGCUGGCUGCCUGCUUGCCUGAGAGCCCCGCCCCCUCACCCUGCACGUCCAUUUGUGACAGCGCUUGACCGAUCGAGGAUUUCGGCUACAUGAGUGGCAGCAACAACACGCAGACCACGGACAACGUGGCUGGUAGUAAACGGCGCAGUCUCUCUGGUCAAGGAGGACUGUUGGGCAGGAUGUUCGGCUCCAAGGAGAACAACAGCAACAACAACAGCAGUAACAACAACAACAGCAGCGGCGGCGGCAGCAGCAGCGCCGGCUCCGGCAGUCGGGAACCGCUCGACAUCAAUGCCGCCAACAGCAACAUCAAUCAGGGCGCCGAUGGCAGCGGCAAUAGCAACGACUCACCCCGAACUCCCAACAUGCACAACGGCAACCAGACUCAGCCCAUUCGAGAGGAGGGCCAAGAUGCUGUUAGCAAUGAGAUGCGCAGUCCGACACGUAAGGAGUCGCAGGAGCAGGGCAACUCGAAACGUCGUAGCAGCGGCGUUGGACGCGCUGGCGACCUCUUCAACCGCGCGAAGCAAGCAUUGGGCGGCUCACCGGACAAUAAGUCGUCCUCGCACCAGACUCCAAUGCAGAAGCUGGGCCGCACAGAUCCUGCACUGAGCGUGCCUGCUGGGUCAUUGAACAACUCUGCUGGAGAGUCUGCGCCUGGCCCACGAUCUACGUUCCGUGUUGGCGUGACCGAGGAUAAGAACAAGAAAUGCAGACGUACUAUGGAAGAUACUCACGCCUACCUCUACAACUUUCUGAGUACACCCGCCCCAGCCUUGGGCCCGGACGGCGGUUCCAACAAGCCUCUUUCUCAGUCGCAGUCUCGAGAUUCGGCUGUGUCAGAAGGUACGCAGAAUAGCACUAGAGAAGUUGUGGAGACAGAUAAUGGGUACUUUGCAAUCUUCGAUGGGCACGCAGGCACUUUUGCAGCCGAGUGGUGCGGGAAAAAGGUGCAUUUGUUAUUGGAGGAGAUUAUACGCAAAAAUCCCAAUACGGCGAUUCCUGAGCUCCUGGACAUGACCUUCACGACGGUCGACCAACAGCUGGAGAAGCUUCCUCUUAAGAACAGCGGUUGCACAGCUGUGCUCGCUGUGCUUCGUUGGGAAGACAGGAUACCAAACUCGCAAUCCGCGACAGGUUCGACUGCUCUUGCACCCGCAACAGCCGAGUCGCAGAAUGUGGAACGCACGGUGCAACAGGCAUCCCGUCAGAGAGUUCUCUAUACCGCCAAUGUCGGCGAUGCUCGAAUCGUUCUUUGCCGCAACGGUAAAGCCCUUCGGCUGUCCUAUGACCACAAGGGCAGUGACGAGAACGAAGGGAAGCGUAUCGCAGGUGCUGGCGGGCUCAUCCUUAAUAAUCGCGUCAAUGGAGUGCUUGCCGUUACACGUGCUCUGGGCGAUGCGUAUAUGAAAGAUCUGGUCACCGGACACCCGUACACCACAGAGACAGUAAUCCAGCCCGAUAUGGAUGAAUUCUUGAUACUGGCGUGUGAUGGCCUUUGGGAUGUCUGCUCCGAUCAGGAAGCUGUGGAUCUGGUUCGCAACCUUCAAGAUCCCCAAGCUGCCUCCAAAGCACUGGUUGACCACGCGCUUGCCCGCUUCUCGACCGACAACCUGUCGUGCAUGGUGGUCCGCUUCGACAACAGCAAGCUCCAAGCCACGCAACAACAGAGCGAUAUCGGUGUCGAAGGUGACGCGUCUAGCAGAGGUGGUGUGACAGAAGCCGAUGCCAUUGUCAGCGAAAGCAAAAGUUUCAUCGAGGCCGGUGGCGAUCCAUUGGCAGUCAUCAACAAGCCAACCACCAACGAGAUGAUGGCGGAUGUGGAGCAGAACCAGGAAGGAGGGCCCGAACUCAAUCCUGCGGCACUUGAGCAUGCAAGGAACGAUAGCAAGCCGCCACUCAUGCAUGAUGGUCCCCCUACUCCGGCGACCGAAAACCCGGCGAAUGGCGCAAACAUGGCCAACGCAAUGGCCGAGCAUCAAGUUCAGACCGGCGACGGGCUAUCGGGAUAUCAAGGUGGCAGUCAGGCACAACAGGAUUACGGCAGUCAACAGAGGUAAUGACUUAUACGAUGGCGGGUAUGAGAUUCUUGGGGAAAUGCUGCACAUACGAUAACGAAUGGCUGGGAUCGGAAGGUGUCAUGAGGGAGAUGAACCAGUCAGUCUACAAGGAGUAUCACGGCGCAUCGAUGAUUCCGCGCGCAGUGUAUGUAAUAACAUAGCUGAAAUUGGAAUUAUAGACGGCAGACACUAGGAGGUAC